UCGAUUAGUAUAUUAAAACAAACUACACUCUAGAUUUAUAUUGGUAUUUAAAUUACAAUAAUAUAGAAUUAUCUAGAUCUAGAUGUCGAGGUAAUUUGAGUCUUGAAAUGUAAGGCUAUCUUAACUAGCUAAUGCAUAGAUCUAGGUCUGUGCAGCUGUCUGACUCUUUUCAACCAAAAAAUAAAAUAAAGCAAAAAUAAUGACCACAACAUACCCUUACAAAUGAAAUAGUCUGACUCUGUGGUCUUGAUCUAGAAAAUCUAGAUCGAGAUUUUGUAGAUCUGAUCUGAUCAAAUGUAGAUCUAGAUUUAGACGUCUAGUUCUAGUUCUCUGCAUCCACAUAUUUUCCAAAGACACUGCUCUUGUGGUGUCUCACAUCUUCUCUGGGAUCCCUGCACUGAGUCCAGUGUUUUUUGUGUAAUGAAUCCCUCAGCUUCAUCUGCCUCCGUGCCCAAGAGGAAUGACCGAGGUCCUCACACGAGUCCUAUCAUUUGGCCUCAACUUGUUGGCAAGAAAUUUGAAGAAGCAUCUGAAGCAAUCAAGAGCAAUAAUCCAUCAAUUUCUAUUCAAUGUGUUACCAAGGAUACCAUACUAACCAUGGACUACAGACUGGACAGAGUCAGAAUCUAUGUAGAUGAUGAAGGUAUCGUGGCCAGGGCACCAAAGAUGGGCUGAACGCGCUAGGAACAAAGUAAAACAAAAAAAAACAAAAAAAAAA